AUGGGUCCCGGUUUUGCCCCCUAUAGCGAGUGGCAUUUGACGGAUUGUAGAAUCAUGUGUGCCUCGCAACAGUUCCACAGAACCUACUUCCCACACGAUCCCAUACCAUCAUUGACAAAGUCCACUGCUGAAACCGGCAGGUUACAUCAACCUCGCACACCAAUCUUGAUCUCAAGAAGUGCUCUUUCUGUUGAACGCAUUGCCAACGCGGACUGGUUUUUGAUUCCUCCCCGACGAGCUCUAACAAGCAGCAAGGGGGGCAUUUCCGCACGACCAAAAGACAUCCAUAAAAGUCGCGCUAUCAUCUCUCCUCAGUCCAUGUCUGGCAGAGGCGAGGGAUACUCAUCAACCGCCGCGAGAGCAGCUGACGAAUACGUUUGGCGUCCCCUAUCGUCGUGGGACAAGACCCACGGGAAGAGGUUAAUGCGCCUGAUCUCACCUCAUAAAAUGACGCAUCAAUGGCUGCUGCCGCGAUGCGGUGCUGAGAGUUGGCGGCACAUAGCCGACCCAAGAAAGUCAAUGCUACAUCUGGCCAACAGCAGCAAGCUGUCAAGGAACCCAUCUUCCGUCGUAUCCGGCCCGCACAAGCAUCACCAGCACGGUGACGUAGAUCAGAGUAUAAAUUCCAGCGGCGCAGAGCUGACGAGCGACUCCGGGCCAGGAGUUCUUGAUACGACUCAUAGCAAAGGCACUUCGCGCGCCCGAAGGCGACUGGAGUAUCUAACCACCACCCUUCCGCCCCUCGAAGUCCCGAUCAGCCAAAUCUACUUUUCAGCAGGGCACGACUGGCUACCUUCGCACGACGAUCCUCACGCGGCAAUGCUCAUCGGGGCAGACCUCGAGCAGCGACGUAUCGUACGAGGUGUUCUUGGAUUCAACCGAGGGGUCGCGAAGACAUUCCUUGCGGAAAAUGAGAAUCGGAGGACUGUAAGGGAGGCAUAGUGCGAGGUUUGUACGUGCUCAAUCUACUCCGCGCUGGAAGAAGAUACGAGCGAAAGAGCUCUAACUCGAGGGAGAUAAAAUGUGAUAGAGUGAUGCAGCCUGUAUCUCGGGUUGGAUAUCAGCAGUAGACUCGUCUCCGAUAAAGGAUAGAUGGAAGUUGGUGAUGGAUGCUGUAGGAGAAUGAUGAUUGGUGGAAGUAAAAGAAAGUAAAUAAAGUGUAGGACGCGAGGAUUUAAAAGACCGCGUCGUGCCAUCUG